CGACAUGUGUCCCUGAACGCGACCCGUACUCAGGAAGCACGCAUGUGUUGCUGCAGCUGUUGUUUAGCGCCGUGUUGCAGUACAUGCUUUAAAAAAAACUAUGCAGCCACAGACUUUCUAACUCUCACCAACCACCGAUGUGUUCGUUUUCUGCUUCAGCUGUAGACUGAGAAGAUGUGGCAGUGAAGAUGAUGCCUUCAGAUAAUAUCUUUUUUUCUCUACAAGAAAGCUGUCUAGGAAUCUAGCCAGGUGCCUGAGCAAGGACCAGGGUUUUUGACAUAAUCUAGCAGUUUCUAAUGACUUUGGGCUUUAAAUGUCAAUAUGGAUGGCAUUGAGGAGAGCUACAUCUGGGAGCGCCGCAUUGCCCAUGGCAUUAGGUAUCAAAAAGGAGCAGUCCCCUUCCCAGAAUUGGUUGAUAUUGGUCUGGAGUUCAAUGCGGCACUUGAAAGGAAGGAGAAGUUGGAUCAGAGCCUGCUGACGAAUAGUGUUAUGCUGGAAAUUUGUCAGUUUGCCAAAACAGUGACCAGGUCUGAGAAGUAUUUCCUGUUCGAAAUGCUGGAGUUCAACUUCGACCUUGGCUUUGACAUAAACAAUGACAGUCUGUGCUACAUCUAUGCAGUUCGUGUCCACAACAAAAUUAAACACCUGAAGGAGCAAAUAAAGAUGAAGCCAAAUAGAUGGAAAGAAACAUUUCAGUUGCCAAAUCCAAGUGUUUUAGCCGGGUCCAAAGAAGACGUGUCAGGACGAUACUGUCCAAAAUGGAACAAAAUUGCUGAUAGUUCAGUGCUCACUGUCUCCAGCAAGAACUGUCAGUCUUCAGACAACCACGAAGCUGAAACUACCAGAGAUGCUAGCAAUAAAUACACUGUAAAAAAACAAGGAGGAAUCCGUUUAAGAAAAACACUGGGCGCUAACCCUUUCUGUGCACAACUUGGUGUGACCCUAGCUAUUCGACCAAGUCACGCCCCCAAACAGAAACUGGACCCAAGUCUGCUCACCAACGGUGUGAUGAUAGAGAUGCUUGAUUUUUCCCGAGUGCUGUGUGGAAAACACACUUACCUAGUUUAUGAACUGGUCAAGCACAACUUUGGUUAUGCUUUUGAUAAACCUCAGUUCCGAAUGUGUCUAAACAGGGUGAUAGAGAGAAAAUACACCUGUCUGACAGCUGAGGACAAAGACACUUUCAGAAAGGAACUUUUUAAGAUCCCGGCUGAGAAGAAUAAAUUGGAAUAUAAAGGUAAAAAACGAAAAACACCUGAUGCAGAUAACCAAGAACUGGAAGCACAAAUUCUGGCCACCAAUAAAAGACAAACACGGAAGCAACAGGCUAGCAAGAUGGAGGAGAUGAAGGAGGAUGAUUUGUCAUACAUGUGUCCUGUUGAGUUUGAGACCGAAUUGCAGUCAGAAACAGAAGCUGAGCCAGAAAAUGUGGAACCUGAAAGUUGUUUGUCAGGAACAGAGGUAGAAAUGAAUGUGCUGCAGGAUGUAAAGCCAGAAGAGGAAGAAGUCUUCAUCUCACCAAUGCAGCCUCUGAGUUAUGGCCACAAAUCUUCUUUGUCACCCACACAGACAAAGGAUGCAAGUCAAGAAUCGUACUGGUGUCUGUUCUCUGAGGGAAUAUGUGCAGAAACCCCAAAGCAGAGGCUGUGGCUGAGGCGCGCCGCUCGCACACAACAGAUCCUGAUGUCAAGCCGAGUCAAUGAUAUGUUCGCCCACUGCAGAGAGAUCGGAUUAGACUUCAACUUUUGUUCACCAAAACGGAGCUUAGAUCUACAACUGUUGACCAACUGGGUAAUGUGGGAGGUUUUCAAGUUAGGAACUGCUUUGUCGAGGAGUGUACGCAGUUUUUUAUUUGAAAUUCUCUUAAACAACUUUACUCUUACGCUCCAAGAUGAGCAACAUGAGCGCAAUUUCUUAGUUUACAUGAUGGCAAAACAUAAAAAUCUUGUGAACCACCCGAAGAGUCAGAAUAUGGAUUUUCUCUGCAAGCCUUUCAAACUCCCUGAGAUAUACCACAUGGUUGAUGUGACCAGCAGUUUUCAGACUCAACAGGAACUCCAGAGUCAAGGGCAGAAAGGGUUAGAUUCAUCAGAUUCAGCAAAGAGGGAAGAAGCUGAAAAAGAAGAACACCCUUUUUGUAAAAAGUUGGGUCUAAAUCUUUGGUCAACCGUAGAACGCCCGUCAGACCAGAAGCUUGAUUUGACCAUCCUGACAACAGGCGCUGUGCUUGAGAUCUUCAGCUUUGUAAAGGAGCUGUGUGGUGAGGCCCGCAAUACUGUUAAUGACAUCCUUGAGCACAAUUUUGAUCUUCAUCUGCAAAGUGGUGAGACUGAGGCCGCGCAGAAGAUCCAGAGAUGGUACACAACACAGAAAAGCUUGAUGAAAAAGCAAAACAUGUCACCGAAAAUCAACAGGUGGUUAAAUAUGAUUGUCCCGCUGAAUGGCAACUUGCAAGAGAUUCCACACUCACCAACCGAAGAUGGGGACCCAGAUCUAGAAGGGGAAUUGGAUGGCUUUGGUGGAUUUGUCAAACACUUUGACUACCAGAACUGCAAGGAGAUCGGACUGGACCUCGACCUCAGCUCCAAAUCAGAAACCAAAACGAAACUUGAUUUGAAGGUUCUGACAAGAGGAGUUUUGUUUGAGUUGCACCAAUAUGUGCAACAAAAUUACAACCGAUACGUUCCUGCUCUGUAUGAGAUUCUGGAGUACAACUUCGAUCUGAGCUCUCAGAGCCACCGGAAGGUGGAGUUCGCCUGGUCCAUCGCCUCACAGGUCCUAGCCAUGACUGGCAAAAAACGCAGAAAAGGGGAUUACCUGACCAAAGUUUUUGAGCUCCCUUUCGAGGCCCCCAAGUUCCCGGAGUCUUCCCAGGUGGUCUUUAAAGAGGAGCCAAAGGAUGACUUUGGCGAGCCGGACCUUAAUAAUGACAAUGAUGACAUUGUGUUUGUCCGAAAACUGAAGCCUGUUGAUAUGGAAGUCGAGAUAGAAUAAAGUUCUAGCUGCUGUUUGUAUUUCAAAUGUCAGUUUUUAGGAUAGAGUUGCGACUGAACUGCUUUAUAUCUACCAGGUUAAAUCAGUUAAAUUCACCUUUACCCAUUCAUAUAGAAAUGGGGAUCCUCUUUCUGUUUCUGUUCAGCAUGUGCCUAAAAUCCAACUUGACCUUAACCCUGGUGGGCAUAAAGAGGAUGAGACUGCUUGAUCGAGUUUUGUUUUGGUCUAUAAAGUGGCAAAAAACAGCUCUCGCAAUCACAUUUUUCUUUUUUUAACUGUUGACAUCUUGGGAUUACUUGUAGCAAAUAUCUUUUAACUUGAAGAAGAAAUACUUGCAUUUAAAAAACUGAAACUUGAUCAUGUUUGAAUUCAGUCAGGAAGGCCAAAUACAUUUUUAGGAUGUGCUGCAGGUGUUUACAGGGGCAGGAAAAAUAAAGAUUCUCUAACUUGAUUUCUUGAAAUCAGAGUUUAAUGUUAGUGCCCAGCAGAUCCAGCUGUGUCUCAGGAUGUGGGGUCUUUGCAGUCUUAGACGAUAAAGGUUCUAAAAUGUGAACGACGUGUUACUGCUGGGCCUCCUUGACUGGUUCAGUGCUGCUUUAUUCACAGUAGAGUUCUUUUGCUUACCAUUAGGUGUGUUACGACUGGAGUGUAACAGACAACGAAGUAGACUAUCCAUGUUAAUGUAAACCGGUCGAAAUUCAACCAUCAGUGACGUGAGUUAAAGAGGACAGAAUGAAUGGUCACGGCUGGCAUUGGUAUUUAAUUGUUUUGACUGAUUCGUGAUGUCACCUCCGUCAUUUAAUAAAAUGUGAAAGAAAACAUUCCACCUUAAAAUUUGGUCAGUGUUCAUUAUUAUUUGUCUCUUGACUUUAUUUUAAUAGUAAAAAUCAAAAGUUGGUGAAAUAUCCUGUUAUUGUAAAAGUAUACAUAGAGCAGCGCUCACUGCUGUGGUUUAAUGUUCACGUCGCUCAUUUUCUUGAUUUACAUGAAAAAAAGAAAAUGAGUUUUGAGCUUUCGAGUCAUGACCAGAUGUUUUGGCAGGGGGUACAGAUGUUCCAGUUCAUAUUUUGUUUAUUUUAUAAGUGAAGGAAAAUCAGAAGUCAUCAUUUUUAACUUUUAUUGGCAAACCAAAUUUAUUCAAAGAUUCAGUGUUUUCUAGCUUUUGAAAUUGUCUGUGUGCAAAAUAUCGGUUUGUUAGUCUGGUCAGCCCUUAAAAAGUUGGUGGAUACUCUUUUGAACUUAGUUUUUAGAUUAAACGUGCCAUGCAUGGCCCAGGUAAAUAAAAGUGAUCACAACAUGCACAUUAUUGGGACAUCGAGUGCUCUUGAAGUUCUGCAGGAUUGUAGCUUGCAGCUCCUGCCCAGGAUGUUAAAUCUUUUAUUCCUUACUAAAUAUUGUAAAUGUGUUAAAAACACCUGUUAAAAAUGUUGAAACCUGCACAAACAUGUGUGGACUUGUAAUAAUUCACAAAUGUGCUUCAACUAAACUAAUGCAGCUUGCAGUGUGCUGUCACAAUAAUUACAGGCUUCCAGUGGAUUAUAUAACCAACCCUGCAGAUUUGAACUGAUGGAGUCAAUUUGCAUUUUAAGUGAUUCAAUUCAAAGUGUAAAAAUAACCCAAUGAGACUAAUUGACCUGUAAACUUUCAUUAGUAUAUCCUCACAUGAUGGAUACAUUAAUUUUUAAGUUGAUCAUUACACCAUAUUUAGUCAGGCUUUUUCAGGGCUUCCCAUCAUGCACUCUGUCAUGGCCCAUUUAUCCUCUGCAGGCUGCAGCUGGGAUGCUUUUGGUCUCAAAUUAAACAGGUGUCACUCAUCAGUUCCUCUGAAAGCCUUCAGGACAUUUAAUAAACAAAGGAGAGGAGAUGAAGCUGCAGUGUUUCUGUUCAGUGUCCACUAGAUGGAGCCAAAGGCCAGGUUUAUAAAUUUGCAACAGGACAACUGAUAUAAAACGAUGCACUUAGAUUAACUACACAGAAAAUGAAGUUUUACAUUUUGAUUAUGUUGGAGAGGUUUUUUUUCUCACUGGAAUUUCAGCCGAGUGCACGUUAAACAGAAACCGUCUGCAGCUUUUAUUUUUCGAUAAAGGAGACGCCAUCUUGUAGCCCAAAUGUCCACAGAGCAGCCCAGCUCAACAGCCAUUCAUCUUGCUUUGAUGAGAAGCUGUUGUGUUCCUUUCUGGCACCAGCAGAGUAGCUUUGCUUGAUUCACAGUUCAGAAUAAUCCUUUCUGUCAGUCUGGACCUUGAUUUCAUUCGUCCUCUGUUAAGUAAGUGGUUUAGCUUCUCCGUUAAGCCAACUUCUUUUUCAUGAACUGCUGAAAAGAAACGCUUGAAGAUCCAGUGGGUGGGGCUUCUGUGCCUGAGAUAACCAUAUUAGGAGCUUCCUCUCUGUGUGACAUCAAACAGAAAGGAUACACACACACACAUAUAUAUACUGGCGUGAGGAGAAGCAGUAAGGAUCCACUUUAAGGAGGAUUCAGAGUCUAGGUUUUCUCCUGGCCUGCUGCACGUGCUCAGUGUUUUAUUCUUCUGCCCACAUUGAUUUUUUUUCUAUUGUGAUGACAUCACAGAGAAAAAACACAUUUUUCUGAAUCCUGAACAAAUCCACUGAAACCUCACUGGAUUAAAAGCUCACAAAAGUCUCAUUUUUAAGUUGAAAGUUUUCUUUUAUUUUGAGUUACCACUGGGUGACAAAUGAAAGAGAAAAACCUCCACGCAGUGUCUCAGCCGGGUGCUGGGCAGCUUCAGCGCUUCUUAUCAU